AUGGGUGUCAUCUUUGAGCAAGCACCACAUAUCAUCCUCAAACUAGUGGCCAGAACUACAUAUAAGACACCAUUAGGUAUGUCCCCUUACAGACUAGUAUAUGGCAAGUCAUGUCAUCUUCCUAUAGAGAUUGAGCAUCGAGCACAUUGGGCUAUGCGUGCUUUGAAUUAUGAUUUGAAAGCUGCAGGUGACAAGCGUGUUCUCCAACUCAAUGAGUUAGAUGAGAUUAGAAGGGAGUCCUUUGAGAAUGCUCAUAUAUACAAGGAGAGAAUUAAAGCUUGGCAUGACAAAAGAAUUCUGAAGAGAGGAUUCAAAGUUGGGCAAAAAGUUUUACUAUUUAAUAUAUGCUUGAAGCUGUUCCCAGGUAAGUUGAGAUCAAGGUGCUCUGGACCUUUUAAAGUUAUAGAUGUAAAGUCGUAUGGAGCUGUUGAAGUUCAAGCUAAUGACGGAAGGACAUUUGUGGUUAAUGGACAGCGCUUAAAGUUAUAUUAUGGAGGAGUCCAAGUUGAGACAUCAAAAUCCAUCUCUCUUAAUGAAGUCUAA